AUGACGGACCCAACACCCCCCACCGUCCAGACCCCCCGCAAGUCGCACUCCACUCUCUUCAGCUCUCGCACCGCCGGUGGCCGCAUGCCCCUCACGCCCUCCCCCCGUGCUAGGGCAGUCCAGAACCAGUCCCCGUUCACGCCUCCCCGCCAGCGCCAGCCAGAGCCCGAAUGGAACGUCGACCGCAAGCCCACAAAGUCUGGCUCUCUGCAGGCUGCCUUCGAGUCACUGAAGGUGUCGGGCUCCUCCAAGACCCGCCCCGCACCCCCUGCCGCUGCAUCCAAGUCGGCCCCGCUCGCCACAUCCCCAAAGUCCACCCGCUCGCCCCUCGAGCUGAAUCUCGGCGUAAGUGAAUGGUCCCUGACAGGCAGCGGCCAGAGCCCCGUCAAGAAGAAGAAGUCAAAGUCUUCAAAGACCACAAUACGUAUGAACGGUGACCGCUUCAUCCCGACCCGCUCCGCCUCCUCGCCCACCGCCGCCUCAAAGAUCGAGCGUCCCCGGCCCUCGUCCCAGACCUCGAACCGCCCCGGAUCAGCUACGGGCCGCCCCAUCCCCUCUGCCGACAACGUUCUCCGUGGCGGUGUCUUCGGCUCCGACGACGACAACACCAACCCCAACAUCUCGAGCGGCGACGACACCGAGCCCAUCUCCUACGAGCGGCCCAACCCCGAGUCCCUCGCCUACGAGUCCUCCGUCGCCGCCGCCUGCGGCGUCGACCUCACCACCCGCAUCCUCGCCUUCAAGCCCGCCGCCCCCGAGUCAUCCAAGCCCAUCGACCUCCGCACGCAAUACAACCGCCCCACCAAGUCCUCCGCCCCCUCCGCACAGUUCCGCCGCCGCAUCCUUACCGCCCCCGAGCGCGUCCUCGACGCCCCCGGCCUCGUCGACGACUACUACCUCAACCUCCUCGACUGGUCCUCCGCCAACCAGGUCGCAAUCGGCCUCGAGCGCAAUGUCUACGUCUGGAACGCCGACAGCGGGUCCGUCUCGCAGCUGCUCGAGACCGCCGCCGACACAUAUGUCUCCUCCGUCAAGUGGUCUGCCGAUGGCGCCUACGUCGCCGUCGGCGUCUCAAACGGCGACGUCCAGAUCUGGGACGUUGACGACCAGACAAAGCUGCGCACCAUGUCCUCUCACGACUCCCGCGUCGGCUCAAUGGCGUGGAAUAAGGCAAUCCUUACCACCGGAGCCCGAUCAGGCAACAUCUAUAACCACGACGUCCGCAUCGCCGAACACAAGACCGCCGAGCUCCUCUCCCACACCUCCGAAGUGUGCGGACUCGAGUGGCGCUCCGACGGCGCGAUGCUGGCGUCCGGCGGAAACGACAACCUCGUCAACAUCUGGGACGCGCGCGCCCUCGCCGCACCCAAAUGGUCCAAGACGAACCACAAGGCCGCCGUUAAGGCACUCGCAUGGUGCCCCUGGCAGCUCAACCUGCUCGCCUCGGGCGGCGGUAACUACGACGGCUGCAUCCACUUCUGGAACAGCACGACGGGCGCGCGUGUCAACAGUAUUGACGCCGGAUCGCAGGUCACGUCUAUCAAGUGGUCGACGUCGUACCGCGAGCUUGUGUCGUGCCAUGGGUUGCCGGAUAAUCAGUUGAGUGUGUGGUCGUAUCCGACGCUGGUCAGGAAUGUAGAGAUCCCCGCGCAUGAGACGAGGAUAUUGCAUUCGGCGCUGUCGCCGGAUGGGACCACGCUUGCCACUGCGGCGAGUGAUGAGAAUUUGAAGUUUUGGAAGCUGUUUGAGAAGAGGCCUGCUGGUGCGGCUGGGGCGGGAGCGGGACGGGGAAGGGGCGGAAAAGCGGCGGGGAUGAAGCAGAUGACGAUUAGGUAG